CCGCCAUGCAUCGAUUGGCUUAUAUUCUAGCAUAUUGAAUAGCAUCUGAAGGAUUUUGCGCGUCCAUUUGUACGUUGUCUGUUGGCGGGUAUACUCUCAUAGUGAUAGAACGUAAAGAAAAAAUGGCUGGAGGUAAAGCUGGUAAAGACUCAGGAAAGGCUAAGGCUAAAGCCGUAUCAAGAUCUGCAAGAGCAGGCCUACAGUUCCCUGUUGGUCGUAUUCAUCGUCACCUGAAAAACAGAACGACAAGCCAUGGACGAGUCGGCGCAACUGCAGCUGUUUACUCUGCUGCUAUCCUUGAAUAUUUAACAGCUGAGGUUUUGGAGUUGGCAGGUAAUGCUAGUAAAGACUUGAAAGUAAAGAGAAUAACGCCACGUCAUUUGCAGCUUGCAAUCAGGGGAGAUGAAGAGUUGGAUUCGCUUAUAAAAGCAACAAUUGCUGGUGGUGGUGUUAUUCCACAUAUUCACAAAUCUUUGAUUGGAAAGAAGGGGUCACAAAAAGCAUCAUAGGUGUGAGACUGGCAAUUGGCUGACGACGACGAAACAUAACUGUACUACCUUAGACAGCGACCAAUCAAAUUCGGCUUAUUUUUCAUGGAAGUUGACUUGAUUGGUUUUUGUACAAACGACUACUAUACCGCGUAGCUAGCUUUUACUUUUGUCAUGUAUUUAAUAUAGUGUGCGGAGAUGUUCAUUGUUGUUUUCAUUUAGUAGGUAUAAUAGAUAAUCAUUGUAUGUUCCAUGCAGAAAGGCUGAGGGGCUGGAAGAUAGGCAUUUUAUAAUGCUAAUUCCAUUAGUUGUACAGUCGACUUUUGUAAAUAAUAAUAGUACAGUUAAUUGGUAUGUAAAGUCACUGUCUAAAGGUGGCCCCCGACUAGGCCCCAAACUACAUACCGUUACGUGGAACAUCCAUUUUCUUGUUACAAAGUGAUCAUUCCACGUCUAUGUGUGUGAUUAUAGCAUUUCAUGUUUGGCAUGGGUUUCAGUUAGUCCCUGGUCUCUUUAUAAAAUGCUGAUGAUUUCAGAUUGAUUGUGGGUAUGUAAUUUGAGAAUUUCUUGACGAUAGUUAUAAAGACAAUUUUGAUUUAAUUUGGACACCACUUUCAAUGUCUGUUGGUUUUGACGUUGAAGUGGAAUACAUGUACAAGAAUAAAUUUGACCAUUUUAUAGAAGAAA